AUGUUAUCUAGUGAUUUUAACGAACAAUUCCAUUACUCGCAAUUCCAAAACGAAGAAUCUGCAAACGGCCAGCUUAAUAACAGUAUGGGCAGUAACAAUCUCUCGGAUAAUAGCAGUUUAGGGGAACAAUUUACAUGCUUAAACGAAAAUCUUGACUUUAAUUUCUAUAAUCUAGAUUUUGAAGCCAACAAUGAUUCCAUGUCCGAUUCUAAUCAUAGCAAUGAAUUUGGCAUUGAAGCUACUGAUAACAGUAUAUCUACUUCUACCUAUGAAUUGGAACAGUUUUAUAAUACUUACCAGCAUACAGCAAAAUAUUGUUAUCCUUCGCCAGCGACAAUUAGUGUUAGCAAAACGCAUUAUAAUAACACCUAUUCCGCCACUAAUUCACAUUUAAAUUCAACGAAAUUCACCUUAAAACGUCUUCAGCCUUCAGGUUUGAAAUCGAAUUCAGCCGCCGACAAAACAUCUCACACAACUACAAACUGCUCUCAAGAAGUUUUACGCAAACGUCGUUUAGCUGCUAAUGCCCGAGAACGUAGACGUAUGAAUAGUCUGAAUGAUGCCUUCGAUAAACUUCGUGAUGUAGUCCCAUCACUGGGCAAUGAUCGUCGUCUUUCGAAAUAUGAAACUUUACAAAUGGCUCAGGCAUAUAUUGGCGAUUUGGUCAAGUUGUUGACAAGAGAUUAUUGA